AAUGUUGUCGGUACUUUAACCUUGGCAGAUGUCUGCAGGGAGCAUGGCCUCCUAAUGAUGAAUUAUGCCACUGGCUGUAUUUUUGAAUAUGAUGCUGCACAUCCAUUAGGGUCUGGAGUUGGGUAUAAGGAGGAAGACAAGCCUAAUUUCACUGGUUCUUUCUAUUCCCAAACCAAAGCCAUGGUUGAAGAGCUUUUGAGAGAAUAUGACAAUGUCUGCACUCUCAGAGUCCGUAUGCCGAUAUCAUCCGACCUCAGCAACCCACGUAACUUCAUCACCAAGAUUUCAAAAUAUAGCAAAGUGGUUGACAUUCCAAACAGCAUGACUAUCUUGGAUGAGCUACUGCCCAUUUCAAUUGAAAUGGCCAAAAGGAAUUGCAGGGGCAUUUGGAACUUCACAAAUCCUGGUGUUGUGAGUCACAAUGAGAUUCUGGAAAUGUACAAGAACUACAUUGACCCCAAAUUUACAUGGUGUAAUUUUACACUGGAAGAACAGGCCAAGGUUAUAGUUGCCCCUCGCAGCAACAAUGAAAUGGAUGCUUCCAAGUUGAAGAAAGAAUUCCCUGAGCUGCUAUCAAUCAAGGAUUCUCUGAUUAAGUACGUUUUUGAGCCCAACAGGAAGAGUUUUGCAGGAGGAGUUUCAAAAUAAGCAUAAUAUCAUGAACUCAGGCCUAAGCACCAAUUUCUGCGUUCUUUUUCUCUGCUUGUUGCCAUUGUUAUUCAUCAUUCAUAUGCUUCAUUUUUAUUAGGACCAUUAUUCUAAUGAUUGGCUAUAGCUACCAUAAUUCCCCCGAGGUAAUUUUGUUUGUUAAUUUAAUCUUGGCAUUGUUAAAAGGAGUUCUGAAUUGCUUCAGAAUAUCUAAAUAAUGUACAUUGCCACCUGCUGGACUUGUAAUUUAUUUUUUGAACCUUAAUAAAGUUGUUUAUUUUUAUUUUUUAUU